AUGUGCAACGGCACCUCCACCCGCGUCAGCCAAGGCGGCUCCAUCGCCGUCCUACGCCCAACCCACCACCUCAUCCGCACCCAUUCUGAAGAAGACAUGCUGCUCUUCUUCUCCAACCGCUUCUCUGCUCCUGGAACGAGCGUUGAGUUUCAAGGGCUAGACGAGAGUAUCUUGCAGGAUAUACAUUGGGUUGUUAUACACCGCGACGGCGAUCUCACCAACGCACCGGAGAAAGUAUCAACAAAUCCGCUUUACUCGUUUUCCCUGGAUGCGCGGCCUUUGAGGAUGCAGUUGCCGCAGCGGUUGGAUUUGGGGGUUGGUGAGAGGGGGAUUAUUGGGAGGAGGGUUAGUGUUAUGGUGGGUUCGUUUGAGGGGCCUUUGACGCUUGCGGAGGGGAUUAUUGGAUGGAAUUAG